UUUAGGUGAGGAAGAUCCGUGCGCCGAUGCGAAGUGCACGGUUGGGGAGUACUGCAAGGACGGAAAGUGCCACUGCUACGACACCUGUCCGACCGACUGGCUGGUCCAUCAGAAUAAGAUAUGCGUGGAUGGCUACACGUACAGCCACACGUGCGACCUGUAUCGCAACAUUUGCUACUGCCGCGAGGGUGACCAACGUUGUGGCGAUGAGCGCUACUUCGGCGGCCACCACGCCGACCAGAACUCGAUCAUCCGCUACUUCGCGGAGUGCCAGGAACUAACACACAAAUGCAACUGGGCUGUCCACCAGCGGUUCUUCAGGUAUCAGCUGAUUGUCUGGCUGCAGCAACUCCUUGGAUCAACGAAUCACGGCACUGACCCGCGCAAUGUGCUUCUUCGUCCCCGAGCUCAACACGAUUGGCUGGCGCUUGACAACCUCCUCUCGAAACGAAUCGGUCUCCGGGGUGAGAAUGCCGGACCGAUUCUCAGCUUCGUGUUUUGUGAACUCGACGUCGACAAGAGUGGAAUUAUUGAAGAGAGAGAGUUGGCCAUGCUGACCCAAGUUGCACUUCCGACGUUGGCAUGUUUGGAAAUAUUUCUCGGGAACUGCAUCAGUGGACGAACAAUUAGUCGUGAUGCCUGGUUCAACUGUUUCGAGAUCGACACACGUGAGCCAAUCGUGCAUUUUUGUGCAGCCUAA